AGAGAGAGAGAGAGAGAGAGAGAGAGAGAGAGCGAGAGCGCUGUGAGGAAUGCGCUGCUGCCUCUGCUGCUAAUGAGAAAACGGAGCGGUCGCUGAACGAGAGGGACGGACAGCAGUAGAAGAGCGAGGGGACGCAGAAAGAAGAAUAAGAAAAAAGGGUCAGAAUGCUGUAAAAGAGGGGAGAGAAGCGUGAGGAGUGCAGAGAGAGAGCAGACACGCGCAUGGAGAGGAUUACAGAGGAGCGCGUGUGGAUUUUUGACGCUACCCAUGCGGAGAUUUGAGCUGAGGGCUGAACCAUGCAGGGCUCGCUGCUUCUCCUGCGUUUGGCGCUGAGUUUUCACACAGUGUGGAUGGCCCGGUUCUCUCAGGAGCCAGCAGACCAGUCCGUGGUUCUGGGCCAGAGAGUAGUCCUGUCCUGUGUGGUCUUCAACUACUCGGGCAUUGUGCAGUGGACCAAAGAUGGACUGGCCUUAGGCAUCGGAGAGGACCUCCGUGCUUGGCCACGGUACCGUGUGUUGCGGAUGGUGGACAUUGGGCAGUACAACCUGGAGAUCUCCUCUGCUGAACUGUCCGAUGACUCUCUGUAUGAGUGUCAGGCUACAGAGGCUGCCCUCCGCUCCCGCAGAGCCAAACUCACCGUUCUCAUUCCUCCUGAUGAGCCGGUGAUUGAGGGCUCCCCAGAGAUCCUCCUCACUGCAGGGGUCCCCCACAACCUCAGCUGUGUGUCCCGUGGAGCAAAGCCCCCUGCUGCUAUAGAAUGGCAAAAAGACGGGUUGCCUAUAGAGGGAGCAUUCAGUACAACAGAAGUGCUCCCGGACAGGAAGCGUGUGACCACACGGAGCUUCCUGCCUGUCCUCCCGGUGGACACAGACACGGGGAAAAACUUCACCUGCAUGGCCACCAAUCCGGCCGUGCCCAUGGGCAAACGCACCACCAUCACACUCAACGUCCACCAUCCUCCGGUAGUGGUGUUAUCCAUUGAGCCACGCUCCGUGCUGGAAGGAGAGAGGGUGACCUUCACCUGCCAGGCCACUGCCAACCCCCCAAUUAUGGGUUAUAAAUGGGCUAAGGGCGGUGUGGUCAUCCAGGGCGCGAGAGAGAGUGUGUUCAUCACUAAGGCUGACCACUCUUUCUUUACUGAGCCUGUGUCCUGCCAAGUGUUUAAUGCCGUGGGGAGCACCAACGUCAGCAUACUGGUGGACGUUCACUUUGGUCCUAUCCUGGUGGUAGAACCAAAGCCGGUGACUGUUGAUAGCGACUCUGAUGUCACUUUAAACUGCAAGUGGGCCGGGAAUCCCCCUCUCACUCUCACAUGGACUAAAAAGGGUUCCAGCAUGGUCUUGAGUAAUAAUAACCAGCUGUAUUUGAAGUCGGUGAGCCAGGCCGACGCUGGCCAGUAUGUGUGUAAGGCUAUAGUUCCCAGGAUUGGUGUUGGAGAAACCGAGGUCACGCUCACUGUCAAUGGUCCCCCCAUCAUCUCCAGUGAGCCGGUGCAGUACGCAGUCAGAGGGGAGAGAGGGGAGGUGAAGUGUUACAUCGCCAGCACUCCUCCACCCGACAAGAUCGUGUGGGCAUGGAAGGAGAAUGUGUGGGAGAAGGAGAAGGGAACGCUACCAGAGCGCUACACAGUAGAACAGAGCAAGCCUUCAUCUGAUGGAGGAGCUGUGCUCUCCACACUCACCAUCAACAACGUCAUGGAGUCUGACUUCCAGUCCACCUACAACUGCACAGCCUGGAACGGUUUCGGCCCAGGCACCAUGAUCAUCACUCUGGAGGAGACUGGUAUGGAUACUGAAGUAGUGCCAGUUGGUAUCAUUGCUGGUGGCACUGUCGGCUGCUCCAUUCUGCUAUUGCUCUGUCUGCUGGCAUUAGUGCUUUUCCUGUAUCGUCAGCGGAAAGGAAGUCGCCGUGGGGUCACGCUCGGUAAGCCAGAUAUCAAGGUGGAGACAAUAAAUAAAGAGACCCACAGCUUAGAAGAAGACACGGGCAGCGUCUCCACAGCAACACGCAUGGUCAAGGCCAUGUACUCUUUUUUGCCCUCUGUGACCCUCUCUCCCUCCUCCCAGCCCUUUAAAGAUGACGAUCUCAAGCAGGAGCUGCGCAGUGACACUCUGGACACGCGCCCGGACUAUGAGCUCAAGGAUCCAACAAACGGCUAUUACAAUGUUCGCGCCUCCACCCACGACGAAGGCCGACCAGCCUCGCGCUCGAUGCACUACUCUGACUAUCGUUCCUCCGCCCAGCCAGGGGGCGCUGCAGCGAUCAGUGGGAGCUCAGGCGCACCUGGAGCUACGGCGGGUCCCGGAACUCCCAGCAGCUUGGCCCCCGGGUCACGAGCUGGCUGCUACGACCCACGGCCUCCGUCCAGACUCUCGCACAACAGCUACGCCCAGUUCAACACCUUCAGCCGGGCCGGCCAGUCGCAGCAGCCCCCGCCCGGCUCGGGCCCGCAGACAGGCGACUUUGCAACUGAUUGCAGCCUGCUGGACUCCACCCCUCAGCUGGCAUACGACAACUACAGCUACCACUCGCACUACUCCACGUAUCGCAUGGGCUUCGCUCCGCCCAGCCUGGCCCCUUUAGAAGGCGGUUCGGGGUACGAGAUGUACAGCGUGGGGCCGAGCGUGGGGGGCGGCGGCCCUGCCGGGACACCAGAAACUGGACUGGGAAAGUACGGCAGUUCCACGCGUUUCUCCUACACCUCCCAGCAUUCCGAUUACUCCCACCGGCACACGCAGAGGAUGCAGACGCACGUGUGAACGGCAAGCGCUGUAGUUUGCCACUAGUUCACUAGUUUGCUCUCCAUCACUUCACUUCAUCACUUCUGUUCACACAUACACAGUUAGCAUCAUGCACAUACAUCCACAUACGCAUACACACGAGGAGGUUCUAGAAACAAAAGAAAUACGAAGAUCCGGGGAAAGAAAGAUGGAGAGUAGGAACUGUUUCAGAAAGAACAGAGACCAAGAGAUGAAAAAAAGAGUAGGAAAGGAUUACAAGAGACAGGGAGGUUCUCUCUCCCGUCUUUCUUUGCUUAAUUCUCAGCUCGAGGAGCUGACAGCGAAAGUCACAAUCAAGAUGAAAACAGACUAGCAUCAAUGAAAGAUCUAAACAUCUUCACGGUGCGGAGAACGGCUCGAUCUGUGAAUUAUGAAUUAGCAGGGCUGCAGAACAGACCCUGAGCAGUGAAGGAAGCCUUUGUGUUUGUCUUUGUGACAUAAAAAAGGACUUGGUGGUCAUGGACGACUUUUUGUAACAGCCUUUUUUUGGGCGAAUGGCUUCUUUAACUCGUCUCCACAUCUUUACGGCACUCACCUGAAAGGAGAAAGAAACUGUGAGAAAGCAAUAUGGCAAUGGUCACAAAUGUGGAAACUGUGGAUCAGUGAUAGUUGCUAAAGCACUCUUGUGGACACGAAAAUGUGGAUAAGUUUCCUCCUUAAAUUCCACUCUUUGCAUUUAGCUCUGAGCAAAGGCUGCCAGAUUAGCAAACAAAGAGCACAACACUAUCAAUAUAUAUAUAUAUAUAUAAAUAUAACAUACACAUAUACAUACCCUUGGUUACCAAAGUAAGUGUUAUUCAUGGGAAACCAGGUGAUCGGCUUUUAUUACUCUUUAGAACCACUUUAUCAGUUCAUUAAUAUCUAACCAGCUGUCUAGCUUGCUAAGCUACCUCAUUCAGUAGUCUGUUAGCCUUAUCGUUCAGCAGCUAAUGUAGAAAUAACCAGUGUCUGGUGUGGUACAGUUACCUUUUAUUAUCGUAUAGCUCAGCAGCCGUCACUCUAGCACGAUGCUGUGUGAAUCAUAAUUCCAGUUAAUCAAGUCACAUUACACUCUCAACUAAAUAAAUAAUUAAGAGCACUUUCCAAACAUUUAUCGCCACAUUUUCAACACAAACAGAGCUUCAACCACUUCAGAGGAGACCAGUUCAGGAAGCCAUCAUGGCAGCAGCCAUUUUUCUUUUUAUAUUGAUUACUAUGGAACAAACAAACCAUUGGGUUGGAGCUUCCAUUGGAGGAGCUUUCCAUGUAAUGGGACCAUAGUAGACCAUCAUCAUAGUAGACCAUAUAUAGUAUAUAUAUUUUUUCAUAGUGUUUUUACAUAAAUGGUGAUUGGUUAUUCUUAGAGAGCACAUACAGUAUAUUUGUGGAUAUAUAUAUAUAUAUAUAUAUAUAUAUAUAUAUAUAUAUAUAUAUAUAUAUAUAUAUAUACAUACUUACAGUCUAUGUCUGAAUUCCCCACUCUUUUUCCAUGGUGCUUUUGUAGUGGGGUCAUUCAUUGUUUGCACUGCAUUCCAGUAUUCUGUCCUAGAUUUAGACGAUUACUCUUAUAAUCUACCUGUAAUCUCUCAUUUUGCACACUUAGGCUAGAGUGUUUUUUGAAUAUUCCCAAAAUACAGAAUUAUUUUUGUUUUUUCCUCAUAUUUCUGUAAGGAAUUGUGGACCAAAGGUUCAUCGUUAAGAGUGUCAGUCUUUAUUUGGGUGAUAUUCACCUCAACAAAACAAGGAAAUAUGCAGAUUUGUUUGUUUUUUGUUGUUGUUCUUCUUCUUGUUUAUUCUGGACUCAAUAAUGAUGAAAUGAUGAUGAUAAUGAGUGGCGGAAACAAAUAAGGUGUUUUGAAGGGUAAGAGGAUUGCAAAGGUCUUAAACCUUAAGAUCCAGCCUUAGGUACACACAUACUGAUCUAAGAUCAGGCUGCUAUGCCAUUACGUUAAUACACGAGAUCAUUUACGGAGCGAAGGCUGGACUGACAUUCAGUCGGUUCUUGGACGGCGUUUUUGUUGACGGUUCCUGGUUGUCUAGCCCAGCGAACGGAAUGUUCAUAUAUAUAUAUAUACACACACACACACACAUAUAUGUAUAUAUAUCUAUAUACAUAUAUGUGUGCAGUUUAUCUGUAGAUCAGGAGACUGAAUGACUUUUCUGCACAUGUGCUCACAAAGACACACCUGCUAUAUGUGCCAACACAGGUAGAAUUCUAUGUUGUUGGAAGCAUUUUUCACCAAUAAGGAGAAAUAAAUGAAAAACGAACUACCUUGCAGAUGUUAAAGUUGGUGUUGGGAUAUUGGAUAUGCUGCGAAAUGCUUGGCAGAUGUGGAAGGAAAUGGUUGUGAUUGUUAUGGUGGUGGGAGAUGAAGACAAUCCAUCUGGAAUGGUUCUUUCUGUCAAGGAGCAAUGAGGUACUGUCUACAGCUUUUUUUUUUUUGUUUUAUUUUGUUUUGUUUUUAUUUUUGUCUUCGUUUAAAUACCUUUCAAGUGAAGGAGUCCUGUAAAUACUUUCCCACGUAUAACUCCUAUUUCAAGUAUUAUUUUACAUCACCUAAUGUGAUGCACUCUUUAAAUGCAGUAUUGUUACAGUUCAAUGGCGCAAGGAGAAGAUUGGCAGAAGGACUGAGUGUUGGCGAUGAAUUUGAACGGAUUUAACGACUUGGCUGGAGUCCAGCGCAAAGCCAAAGAGCAUUGAGAAGAACACAAUGCUCAUCAUUACCAGAAAACACCUUUAUACCUGCCUGAGCUGCCAGUCCAUUGGUCUUAUAAUGGUGCCAUUGGUUACAUUGAGCAAUUGAUUGACAGAAGGAGAACGGUCUGGUGGGAAGUGAACUGAACUGAUCUGAUUUUACCUAACGGACAGAACAUGCACUUCCACCAGCUUCCUCCUGAAAGGACUGAAGCUCCAUCAUCAGGAAGAGAAAAGAAUAGAAAAGAAACAAAAAAAAUGAGGGGAAUAUGAAGGUGUUUGUUGGUUCAAAAACAGAGUGGCCUUAGGAAAACAUGACUUUUAUAAUCCCUCACUUUAUAAGCCAGUUUAAGGCCAGAGGAGUACACUGACAGUUUCAGUGACGGUAUGAGAAGAGUGUGUGAGUGUGAGAGUGUAUGCUAGCCUGUGCGCGCGCGCGUGUGUGUGUGUGAACGCGAGAUGUGAGAGCGUGUCUCUCCUUGUGUAUGAAUAUCUUUAUGUAAUCAUUUACUUCCCUCAAGUUCCUGCUCUAGUACUUUUAUUCUCCUGGUAGGACUGUAUCCUGUAUAAUUGUGUCUUAGAAAACAAAGCGUUGACCUUACUGUACUGUUCUUCGUAGCUGAAACGUUCUACAGAUGUACAACAGAAGUUAUUGGACUUUUCAUUUUUUAUUUUAUUUUCAUUUUUUCAAUAUUUUUAAAAAAAUGUUAUGUAAUUAUUUUUUCACAGUAUACCAGAAAUAAAAGCACUGUUUUUAUAAAAA